AUGGCAACGGCAGUGGGUCGCUCAACACCGCAUCCAUUUCCUCCGUCAAAUCACCAACAAUCAAGAGCGAUUCGUGGACCGAUUUCGAAUCUCGCAACAACAUUUUCUUCACCAAAUGUUUCUACAAAGGGUUCAAUCCGGUUUCAUGCGUUUCACGGCGAGAAUAUCGUUCUUUUCGAGGACAGACGACGAGCGUUAAGGAGCGCCAGCUUUGAGAAGGCUUUGGUCUUCACGGAGAGAGCUCUCAGAGUCGGUGAACCGUUUUGUGUUUCGAUUGAAGGAGUCGAGGGUGGAUGGACGGGUCAUCUUCGCGUUGGGCUCACCACCGCAAAUCCAGCUGAUAGACCUGAUUCAAGCAUCCUUUCCGAAACCUCAUGGAUGAUCUCAAUCUCGCCAUUCUCCUCCUUGGACUCUCCAUCGACUUCCCUUCCAACGGAUAUCGGGAGUCGGAUCGGCGUUUACUAUUUGCCAAGUGAAAACGAUCCAGCUUAUGCUAGAUUAUACAUUGUUUGGAAUGGUCACAGUGUUCCCUCGGAUAUUGAUCGGAUACCUAUGGAUCGACCGUUGUAUGGAGUGGUUGAUGUCUUCGGGAAUACCAAAGAGGUGAGAGCGGCCACCGAAAUGAACGGUCCACCACGUCUCGCCGAGUUGUGUUCACGCACCGUGCGGAUGCUCGUCUCAAAAGGAAUCUGUUCAAUGGCAAAACUUCCGCCAUCACUUCAACAAGAGCUUUUCCAA